GGUCGCAGACUUAAGACUUCCUGCAGCACAAGUGCAUGGGGAAAAAAACGUAGGCAUGAGAAAUGCUCCUCCAAAGGAACCCAGAGAAAACAAACCACACGUAUUUGGGGAGAAAUGAAAACUAGUCAGUCUACGGCAGCGGUUCUCAACCUCGGCAGGUCUUAAGGGGUGAGAACUUCCGUUGCUGGGCUGGGGAGUUUUGGAAGUUGAAGUCCACACCACUUAAAAGUUUCUGAAGUUGAGAAAUACUGAUCUCCAGUUCGAUAGGUAAUUCAACAGAGCAGAUUGGCGGAGUUUUUAGGAAAGGAGGUGGAACGUUAUUCACUACCAAGAGCUGGUCAAGCAGUCAUCCCUGACUACUGUACCAGCUUGACUGAUUUGCUGAAUUGGCCUUAUUCUUUUCAAGAGGAUACCAGCAGCCUUUGGUCCUAUACUUCAUCAAUUGAAAUGUGAGGCUGGCCUUGCCUGACUCAAGUUCUGGAUCAGUUGACUCAGCCUGUAUCUGGAUCUCCUCUGACUCCUGUUCUCCAGCAAGAAACAUGGAACAAGUGAACUGACGUGAAAUCUCAUUCUGCUGCUGCCCAGCGAUGGGUUGUGUGCAAUGCAAGAAAAAGAAGGCGAACCCAACUCCUCCCAACAACAACAACGAUGGAGCCAACAACUCACUGCCCAACUCCUGCUACGAUCCUAACCCCUCCCAACAGAAUCCUCCCAACUUCACACGGAUCCCAGAUUUCAACAACUUCCCAGGGACCCCAGGGCCUUUGACUCCAGCUGGCCCUGGGGUCUCCGGGCUCUACCCAGCACCCUCCAUUCACAUUCCAGGAAUGGGGAUCACAGGUGGGGGAGUCACCCUUUUCAUUGCCUUGUAUGAUUACGAAGCCAGAACAGAAGAUGAUCUGACAUUCAUCAAGGGAGAGAAAUUCCAUAUCAUCAACAACACAGAGGGUGACUGGUGGGAGGCACGCUCCCUGACCACGGGAGCCACCGGCUACAUCCCCAGCAAUUACGUGGCUCCUGUGGACUCGAUCCAAGCAGAAGAGUGGUACUUCGGGAAGAUUGGCCGGAAGGAUGCUGAGAGGCAGCUGUUGUGCCAUGGCAACCCCCGGGGGACCUUCCUCAUCCGCGAGAGCGAAACCACCAAAGGUGCCUACUCAUUAUCUAUCCGGGAUUGGGAUGAGACGAAGGGAGACCACGUCAAGCAUUACAAGAUCCGGAAGCUGGACAGCGGCGGCUAUUACAUCACUACCCGGACCCAGUUUGAGACUGUGCAACAUCUGGUGCAGCAUUACAGAGAAUACAAUGACGGUCUCUGCUACCUCCUAACCAAAAUCUGCCCCACCCUGAGGCCCCAGACUUUGGGACUGUCUAAAGAUGCGUGGGAGAUCGGGCGCACGUCCAUCCACUUUGACAAGAAGCUGGGCAUGGGCUGUUUCGGAGAUGUGUGGAUGGGCACUUGGAACGGCACCACCAAAGUUGCAGUGAAGACGCUGAAACCUGGAACCAUGUCUCCAGAAGCUUUCCUGGAGGAAGCCCAGAUCAUGAAGCGCUUACGACAUGACAAACUGGUGCAACUGUAUGCUGUGGUAUCAGAAGAGCCCAUUUACAUUGUGACUGAGUUCAUGAGCCAAGGUAGUUUGCUAGAUUUUUUGAAAGACGGGGAUGGCCGUUUCUUGCAGUUGCCCCAACUGGUGGACAUGGCAGCGCAGAUUGCAGCUGGAAUGGCUUACAUUGAGCGAAUGAAUUACAUCCACCGGGAUCUGCGUGCUGCCAACAUCCUUGUGGGCGACAACCUUGUGUGCAAAAUUGCUGACUUCGGCUUGGCCCGCCUCAUUGAAGACAAUGAAUACACAGCUCGCCAAGGUGCCAAAUUUCCCAUCAAGUGGACAGCUCCAGAAGCCGCUCUCUAUGGCAAGUUCACCAUCAAGUCAGAUGUGUGGUCCUUCGGCAUCCUCCUGACAGAGCUGGUGACCAAGGGCCGAGUACCAUACCCAGGCAUGAACAACCGGGAGGUGUUGGAACAAGUGGAACGGGGUUACCGCAUGCCCUGUCCGGCGAAUUGCCCUCCGUCAUUGCACGACCUGAUGGUGCAGUGCUGGAGGAAGGAGCCCGAGGAACGCCACACUUUCGAGUACCUCCAGUCAUUUCUAGAAGACUACUUCACUGCGACAGAGCCUCAAUAUCAGCCAGGAGACAACCAGCUGUAACCGAUGGAUGGGGACCACGGAGAGCUCCCUCCAUGGGGAACUCUCUCCCAUGUGGUGGGAAGCUGGGACGCACUGCAGGAAUGUCUUCCCUAUCCAGGGCCAGGAACCGAGGGUCCCACCUGGUAGAACUGGGCUUAAACUCCUUUCUUUUUUCAUUUUAAUUUUAUUCCCUUUUUUGGGGUGGGGGGGACAUUGCUUUUUUUUUUAUCCUCGUGGUUUUGUGUUUUAAAUUCCGACUCAUUCCAAAUAGAUGCCAGGCCAGUUUUUGGAAAGUUUUUUUUUUUUAAGAUGGAGAUGAUGAGGAGUGUGGGGAGGUAGAUGGCCAGAGGAGAGGUUUUGUUUCUUUAAUAGUCCCAUCCUCUCUUAAUUAAGUUACUUCUGUGUUAAUUGGAGAACCUUUGGCCCUUAAAAGUUCCCCCUGUGGUUCUCUGAAGAGGCUGUGUACUUCCCCAUGGGUUCCAGCCCACAAGGAGGGACCCGAGGGGAGUUGUAGCCCCAAAUGUUUGAAUGCACCUUUCCCCUAACCCUGCUGCAGGCUACAAGGAUAAAGACAGGAGGGCUACAGAGCCACAGGAUAAAGAAAUUUGCACAACGAAGUUACCUAGCCAUCCUGCAACCAGUGUUCUCCAGAUAUAUUGUGACUUGCACCUCUCGGAAUCCACCGGCUUGCAAGGGCUAUGCUGGCUGGGGAUUCUGAGAGUUGUAGUCUCGUGGCAUCAGGCAUGGGUUCCAGUUCCUGUGGAACUCCCAACUGUCCUGAGGCCGUUGGCCAAACAAUCUGGGUUUGAUCAGCCCGUUCAAGUCUUGCGAGAUCUGGACUCCGUUCCUCCCCUACAACAUUCCGCGACGUGGCCCACACUAUGGACGGUGGGCACAAUUUUUCUUCUCCUUCCUCAUUAUCGCCCAUGCUCUGAAUUCGUGACUUGGUAACUAUCUGGAUAUCAUGUUUGAAAUCAGCGCGUUGCAACUAUGAUAGGAGAAUGCAUGUAGGCAGAAUCCAUGAUAGGUGGAUCAAUCAAUGUCAGCCUCUUUCUCGAAGGGGGUGCAGGUAGGGGGGUCAGCUUGGCUCUGAAAGGAUACCCUGGGGGGCUGCACUUCAAAAAGGAGACGGGUCAGGACGCAGCCCUAAUUCGCUGGUGCAUAAGGGAAGCAGACAGCCUUGGCUAGGACAACUGUCAGGGAAAGGUGUGUGCCAAAAUGGCUCUGGAGCCUGUUUGCAGAAGGAGAGGAGCGUCUGAGCUGAUUACUGUGGAACUGUGAAGUGUCUGUUCCACAGCCACAUGGUGCCUUCUGACAAUAAGAUGACGCGCCUUACCAGAUGGGGGCUUGUGCAGCAUCCCUUGAAAAUUAAUGGUUUUUGCUUGUCAACUGGAAGCCGUUCCAGAUGUUCCUUACCAGAUGUGCUGGGACUGCGGCGUCCAAAAUUCCUAGCUAGCAAUUACCUAGCCCUAGAAAAUGUGGAGGAAACGGCUGCCUUACCUGGAAUCCAUAGCCCAGUUGUUCACCGGCUAACUUUUUCUCAUAGAUCCUCUUGAAGAGCUCCUGGACUGCGGCGUUGGUGCCGAGGACGGUGGCAGAAAUCUUCAGUUCCUCGGGGAGGAAUGUCACACAUGAAGUCACGUCAAGGGGAGGGGGGAGGGAUCCAUUCCACAAAGAAGAUGCUGCUUUUGACGUUCAGCAUCUGCUCAUCCACCUCCUUCAUGGCCAUUCUGCCCUGGAAGAUGGCUACCACCGUCAGGUAUUGGCCGUAGCGGGGGUCAUUUCCAUCCUUCCCUGUAAUUUGAAAUACAGCCAAGACACUGGGUUGAUAGUAAAGCUAUGCAGAUUUACUGAGAAAUAAGCUUUACUGCUUACCGUAUUUUUGGUCUUUAAAACGCACUGGCGUAUAAGAUGCACCAUGAUUUUGAAGCGAUAAAUUUUUUA